AUGACAGAGCAAAAUAAGAAAAAAAAGAGCUUGCUUGAUGAGGAUGAUGGUGAAGGCACCGCCCCGAAGACAUUUGGCAUCCGCGUGAACAAGGAGUAUGCCGCACGGUUUCAACACAACAAGCAACGUGAAGAGCUGCAUCGGCUUCAAAGCAAAUACCCAGAGGAAGCCGAAAGACUAGCUUUGAAGAUUGCUCGGGAGGCGGCAAAAGCGGCAGGAGAGGUCCUGCCCGACGAUGGCGAGGACAGCUCUCAGGACGAAGAUGAUGUAGGACUGGGGUGGACUGGUGCUUACACGGUCAUGGAGGCAGGACUGGGGGAUGAGGGUGAUAUCCCGGAGGAGGUUGAGGCCAAGAUAUUUGACACGCUGCUGCGGAUCCGCAAACAGGAUCCGUCCAUUUACCAGAAAGACGUUCAGUUCUUUGAAGAAGUUCAGGAGGAGGCUCAGGAGGACGAUGCGCUUGCCGGCAAGCCUGCGGCCGCUAAGAAGGCGAAACCAAUGUACCUAAAGGACAUGAUUGCAAAGCAGGCCUUGGAGUACGGACCCGGAGGGAAUAGCAGUGACGACGAGGAUGGCGGCGAAGGUCGGCAGGAUGGCAAGAAGCGGCACCCUAAAGCGUACAACCCGGAGCAGGAGGCGCUGCGAAAAGCAUUUUUGGAAGCGGCAGUGCGGAAAAUGGGCGAAUUGACGGACGUCUCCGCGGAGGCUGAAGGCGGUGAGGGCGCAGAUGAGAUGGGUGGCGUGCUGCGCCUGCGGCCCAAGUCCCGGGGUGGCAGCGCCGACGACGAUGAUGUGGACGGAGGUCAAGACGCAGACGAAGCUGCCGCCCUUAAAGCCCAGAAGAGCCUUAAGAAGCGCACCGAGGGCGCGGGUCAGUUCCAGCAGCUGAUUGAGGCGUACUUUGGUUCCGAGGCUGAGCUCCACCCAGAUGACAAGUUCUUGAAGGAAUACAUUAUGAACAAGGGGUGGGUGGACCGUGACGACGACUACGUGCCUUCCUACCGGGACAUUGUUGGUGGCGAUGGCGACGAUGAAGGCGUCGCAGGAGACGAGGACGUUGAUGAUGAAGCGGACGAGAGAUAUUUGCGCGAGGUGGACGCGUUUGAGGCCAAGUACGAGGAGCCUGGAGCGGAUCGCAUCAUCACGCACCCACGCAACAUCGAGGGCACCGUGCGAAAACCCGACGAUAAGCGCAAGCGGCAGCGCGACGCCAAGAAACAGCGGCUGGAGGAGGCUGCGGAAGCUGCGCGUGAGGAGGUCAAGCGACUUAAGAACCUUAAGAAGCAAGAACUUGAGAGCAAGCUUGACAAGCUACGCAGCGUGGCUGGUGCAGCAGCUCCUGCUGCGGCUUCGCUGGAUAGCAUGCUCGAGGGCGAUUUCGACCCCGAGGAGUGGGAUAAAAACAUGGCUGCGGCAUUCGAUGAUGAUUACUAUGCGGUUGAAGAGGACUUACAUGACCUGAAGGACGACCUAGACCUGCUUGGAGAGGAUAUGGAUGACAGCGAUGACAACAACGACGACAACGAUGGUGACGGAACAGUGCGCUUCCGGGCCCUCCAGCGUAAAAUCAAGCAAGUGGACAAGCUAAGCGAGGAGCCUGAGGGCAAUGACCACGGGGCAGCUCCGGACCCGGAGGUGGUCGCCAAGCAGCGUGCAGAGCUGCAGCGGCUGCUGGAGGACUACUACAAGCUAGACUAUGAAGACGUCGUAGGGGGCAUCAAAACACGGUUCCGGUACAAAGAGGUGCCGGCCAGCACAUUCGGCCUGAGUGUGGAUGAGAUCCUUCGUCUCGACGACAAGACGCUUAACCAGGUGGUGGGCAUCAAGCGCAUGGCGCCAUAUCGCGACGACCCAAAGCUACGGCCCAACUACAAAGCGUUGGAAAUGAUCAAAGGCGAACUGGCAAAUUCCAAGAACCGAAGGCGCCAGUACAAGAAGCGCGAUUUGCGGAAGGGCUUGGGCGACGGCCGGCAGGCCGGGCAGUGGUGGCAUGGCAAGGGCGACAGUGGCGGCGGCGACGCUGCCGGUGCAGGUCCUGGGAGCUCUAACUCGAAGGGCGCUGCAGACGGGAUGCCUCGUGUAGGCACGAAGCCACACGGCAAGCUGGCCGUAGACGGCAGUAACCAACAGGAGCGGCUUGCUGGCAACGGCGAGGAGGCAGGCCCGGGGCCUAACUCGGAGGCGGCGGGUGGAGCAGAUGGACUCCGCAAGAAGUGCAUGCAGACGGGCGACCCAUUGGGAAGAGGUCAUACCGGCUUGGAUCGCUCUGCCAAGCGGGUAAAACACAAAGAGGACACCCAGCAGCUGGAUUCCAAGAAGGCGCGCCUCGCGUCGUAUGCAGUGCCAACGCUGAAAAAAGAGCAAAGGGCUGUCGAGCUUGGCAAGCGGAAGCGGGAAAACAGCGAGAAUACGCAAAGCGGCAGAACUGACACGCCAUCGGAUGGUUUGUCGCGGGCCCAGCGAAAGAACCUCAAGCGCUCGCAAAAGCGCGCGGGCAAGCGUGCUGCGGAUGCGGGUGCAGGGGAGCAGUAACUCGCUGGUGGGUGCCAUUCCGGCACAUAGCUAUCACUGAGCGCCUGUCGCAUGUCUGGAUCCGUUAGGUGCAAGCACGUCGGUGUGGAGCAGCGGGGUAGCGGGGACCUGAUCGGUUUAACCUGGCUUUGAAAUGUUGUAGAAUCAGCGUUCUAAUCCCUGCUCCGUUGGGUCAUUUAUCACGAAACACCACAAUGGUUCUAACCCAAUGGGCAGAGCAUCACCGUCCGUCUGCUGUAAAUUUGGGGGUACGUGCUGCACAAUAAGGGAACCCUACCGAACUGCAACGAAAAACUAUGUGCACUGCAGAUCUUUGCCGAACAGUAUGCGGGUCAUGGAAGUCCAUUAUCAUCCUUCAAAUGUACAGCAGGCGAAGCGGGGCGAGGUGUUUCACAGUCGUCCUUGCAACGACGCAAGCCUGGCUGCCUCCAACGCUGUCCAACGGAUCGCGGGUGAACAGGGCUGUACGUGGCCACCAUGCAACCCCCAUCCGAAUGUCCACUAACCCCGAAAGGCAUAUCAGUGUACUGACAGAUUAUCACGUGGUUUGCGAUGGCUGGGGCCGCUUAGAUAUUCCAUGCGGUUUUGGACCAACUGGGAGCCAUGUAAUGGAUGAUGCAUC